UUGUUGCACUUGGCUGCUGUGGAGCAGCGGCGCGCGAUCUUAAUCCAAAUCGCGUCUAUAUCUUCGAAAAAUGUAAAGAGUUUGAUUCUUUAAAAUUAAGGUGAAAGCAGAACGAGGAGAACGAGGAGUCCAAGGAGUCCAGACAGGACGUGCAAACUUUCGAGACGAGAGAGUGCAAUAAAUGACAGAAAUGAAUGCGGACGAAACAAAGCAGGCUGAAAUGCCGCAAAAGGAUACAGAGGUGUCAGGAUCUGCAGGAAGCAAUCCUUUAGGAGGUGAAAAUCCUGCAGGUGGUGAUCCCGAGACCAGGAUAGUGGCUCCACCGCCGCGUCAACGAACUCUAACACGCACCGCCGAAAUGGAGGCGGAUGGCGAGGACAUCGAGUUGGAUGCGGACGUGGACGAUGCGGCGGAUAGCAUCACCUUGGAAUUGGCUCUAUCGCCGCACAGCAGCACCACGCCCACUCCAUCGCCCACCACCGCCGACGAGGACUUCGCCCAGUUGGACAACAGCAAGCCCUUUAAGAUCAAGGACAUCACGCGGAACAUCCGCAAGGCUGUCGUGGCCACAACGCUGUCGGAGUUGCGGGUGAAGGUGUCGGUGAAAUUCGAGCGGGCUCAGCCGGCGAUACACCUGGAUUGCGAUGGCACCGAAAUCGACGACGAGGAGUACUUCAGCACUCUGGAGCCAAAUGCCGAAUUGAUUGCCGUCUUUCCCGGCGAGCAGUGGCGCGAUCCCAGCGACUAUAAUGCCAAUCUGCGUCGCACAUCGCUGGAUGCGGAGCGAUUGCGGAAGUUGGUUAGCAAAUUGCAGACGAACUACAUGAACGAUGAUGACUUGGACAAGCUGUCGAACAUGGAUCCCAAUUCGCUGGCGGAUAUCACAGGACGUGAGCCCAAGGACAACGAGUACUCGGCAAGGAGCGAUGCUGCCAGGCGAUCCACGGAACUAUCCUGCUAAAGAGUCCUUUUCUCAACGAAGAUUGGAGAUUGGAGUGUGGGAAUUGAAAAUGUAUAUACGGUAUUUGUACGAGUUUAUAAUGGUAUAAUGGUAUAAUGGCGAGAAGGAGUAUUUUUGGAAAACGUUUUGAUGACGGCACUUGACACUGAAGCGACCGAUUUGGAUGGUUGUACCGUGGGGUUUUAUCUCUAUAAAGUAUAUACCCUCUAUAGAUCUGAAAGUUGUGUAUUUUUCGAGCCCACAUUGUCGUAGAGCAACUCUCACCCUGAAUGUCUAUUAUCAGCCGCUAAUUGUUCCUAGACCAAUAGCCUCUUUAAGCCAAAAAGCUGGAGAAUAGCGCCUCAAAGGCCGACUCUCCAGUUCUAGAAAACCUUAUCCUCACCUCACUCAGCGGACGAUCAACGAAUCGCAGAAUAGAUCUUAUCUAGGCGAAUAGAUAUAGAUAUAGUAUAUUUUCCAUAGCGUAUCCUUGUGAAGGUCACACACCGAAAAUAAAAACCAAAUAAAACAGUUUGGGUUAUUAGGGAGCAACAAAAAUUUACUGUAAUUGAAUCUCAAUUAAAUCAAUUAGCAAUCGAAUAAACGUUCACCCUAGGCACAUACAUUUAAUAAAAAGGGUUUUUAAACCUCUCUCUUUUUUGUAUUUACGCUGCAUCAAUGAAUAAGCACAAUUUGCUGCACUAUUCAAAGGGUUUUAAAGGCCUGAAUUUAAUUCAAUUUACAUUUACGUUGUGUCCACAGGAAUCAAUUGGAAAUUGUAAUUUGUAACUUAAAAACAAAAAUUAAAAAAAAAAAACGAAACAGAAACAGAAGCAAAAAUAAAUAAAUGGAUAAAUGUGUGAAAACUACUUUUUAUCGAAACAAUAAAAUGCGAUUUUAUGUGUUAA